UCGCUACGAGCACCAUGCUCCCGCGAAAUGUGCAAGUGCCUUGUGAUUUAGUAACGUGAGCAUGUCUCAGGCCCCGGGCGGUAAAAAGGGCGGGAAGGGCCCGCCGAAGAAGGUUCCCGAAGAGGAGAAAGAGAAAAAAGUAGAGGAGAAGGACGAGACGUCUUCCAACAAUGGAGAUAAGAAGGAAGUCAAGGAGAGCAAUGGGAUACCCGACGUGCCCAAGCCGCCGAGCGCGGGUGUCAACAUGCGGGAGGUGGCUGCGAAGAUCCUGGUGCUGGCGCAGAAGAGUGAGUGGCCGGCAGUGGAACAAACCCUUAAGGUGCUGGAGAAGCUGGUGGCGGCUGGUGGAGAAGACACUGUGUCAGUGCCAAUGGCUGGCAUCAUAGAUCCGACGACCGGCAUGACACCGCUGAUGUACGCAGUGAAAGACAACCGGACGUCGUUCGUGGAGAGGCUCAUCGAAUUAGGUUCAGACGUAGGGGCUAGAAAUAAUGACAACUACAACGUUCUCCACAUAUCAGCGAUGUAUUCGAGAGAAGACAUCGUCAAACUCUUGCUGUCGAAGAGAGGAGUGGAUCCCUUCGCUACGGGAGGAAGUCGACAACAGACAGCGGUUCACAUAGUGGCCAGCAGGCAGACCGGCACGGCCACCAGCAUACUCCGCGCGCUGCUCACCGCCGCCGGCAAGGACAUCCGACUGCGGACUGAUGGGAGGGGCAAGGUCCCGCUACUGCUGGCCGUGGAGGCUGGCAACCAGAGCAUGGUGCGCGAGCUGCUCAGUGCGCAGACUGCAGAGCAACUCAAGGCCAGUACACCAUCUGGAGACACGGCUUUGCACCUGGCUGCCAGGAGACGGGACGUGGACAUGUCCCGUAUACUGGUCGACUACGGCUCGGUGGUGGACGCAGUGAACGGCGCUGGUCAGACGGCGUUACAUAUAGCCGCGGCUGAAGGAGAUGAGCCGCUAGUGAAGUACUUCUAUGGAGUGCGAGCCAAUGCCGCCAUCGCAGACAAUGAAGAUAGAACACCAAUGCAUCUAGCAGCGGAGAACGGACACGCAGCAAUCAUAGAACUGCUGGCCGACAAAUUCAAAGCGUCAAUAUUCGAGAGGACGAAAGAUGGCAGCACUCUCAUGCACAUCGCCUCGCUGAACGGACACGCUGACUGCGCGAUGAUGCUGUUCAAGAAGGGCGUUUAUCUCCACAUGCCAAAUAAGGACGGUGCGAGGAGUAUCCACACGGCGGCGCGGUACGGACAUGUGGGAAUCAUCAACACGUUGCUACAGAAAGGAGAAAGCGUUGACGUCACUACCAAUGACAACUAUACGGCUUUACAUAUAGCAGUGGAGUCCUGCAAGCCGGCGGUAGUUGAAACACUUCUCGGCUACGGAGCGGACGUGCACAUACGAGGGGGGAAGCAAAGGGAGACUCCCCUACACAUCGCAGCGAGGAUACCUGAUGGAGAUAAAUGCGCAUUGAUGCUAUUGAAAUCUGGAGCCGGUCCGAACAAGGCAACCGAAGAUGGUAUGACGCCGGUCCACGUGGCGGCGCGAUACGGCAACCUGGCCACUUUGGUGCUGCUUCUAGAGGAUGGUGGAGACCCACUACGGAAAACAAAGACUGGCGAAACGCCACUUCAUAUGGCAUGUCGAAGUUGUAAGCCCGAUAUUGUACGACAUCUAAUAGAUUUCGUUAAAACACAUAGAGGUGAAAAGGUUGCAACAUUGUACGUAGACUCAGUCGAUGAGGAUGGCGCCAGUGCUCUACAUUUUGCUGGUCAAAUUACGAAAGAAGAAGUCAAAGUUGCAUCCGCAGAUAGAGAAGUAGUUAAAUGUCUAAUGCAGAAUGGUGCUGAAGUAAGUCUGCAAACGAAACAUAACCAAGAAACCGUGUUUCAUUUUUGUGCAAUAGCAGGCAACAACGAUGUUCUAACAGAAAUGAUUACCGAUAUGUCAACUGUCGAUGUUAGUAGAGCGCUAAAUAAACAAAAUUCUAUUGGAUGGACACCUUUACUGAUAGCAUGUAAUAGAGGCCAUAUGGAACUUGUUAAUACCUUACUAUCAAAUCACGCCAGAGUAGAUGUAUUUGAUAUUGAAGGUAGAUCAGCUUUACAUUUAGCUGCUGAACAUGGGUUUUUACAAGUAUGUGAUGCCUUACUGACAAAUAAGGCUUUCAUUAACUCUAAAGCAAGAAAUGGGCGAACUGCAUUACAUUUAGCAGCUAUGAACGGCUAUGCCCAUUUAGUGAAAUUUUUAAUAAGAGAUCAUAAUGCUAUGAUCGAUGUUUUAACAUUAAAAAAACAGACCCCGUUACAUUUGGCAGCAGCGAGUGGACAAAUUGAAGUCUGCAAGUUGUUGCUUGAACUAGGUGCCAAUAUCGAUGCAACAGAUGAAUUAGGUCAAAAACCUAUACACGCUGCUGCACAAAAUAAUUAUUCAGAGGUAGUUCAGUUAUUUUUACAACAACAUCCAAACUUGGUAAUGGCAACUACUAGGGAUGGUAAUACGUGCGCACAUAUUGCCGCAAUUCAAGGAUCUGUCAAAGUAAUAGAAGAGCUAAUGAAAUUUGAUAGAAAUGGUGUGAUAUCCGCGCGAAAUAAACUGAAUGAUUCUACUCCUCUGCAAUUAGCUGCCGAAGGAGGUCAUGCUGAUGUAGUAAGAGUUUUAGUCAGAGCAGGUGCUUCUUGUACAGAUGAAAAUAGAGCCGGUUUAACUGCAGUUCAUUUAGCGGCUGAACAUGGCCAUACUAAUGUAUUAGAUGUUAUGCGCUCUACUAAUACAUUAAGGAUAUCUAGUAAAAAAUUAGGUUUAACUCCUCUGCACAUUGCUGCUUACUAUGGACAAGCAGAAACUGUUCGUGAACUUUUGUCUUUUGUACCGGGUACUGUAAAAUCUGAGCCACCAACUGGAGUCUCAUUGGUGCCGAUCUUGGGAGCUGAAUCUGGUUUAACCCCUCUACACCUUGCUGCAUAUAAUGGAAAUGAGAACGUCGUACGGUUAUUAUUGAAUUCUCCUGGAGUACAAGUUGAUGCUGCAACGACUGAAAAUGGUUACAAUCCGCUUCAUUUGGCAUGCUUCGGAGGGCACAUGUCAAUUGUCGGUUUAUUACUAAGUAGAUCAGCAGAAUUACUUCAAAGCACUGACAGACAUGGAAAAACUGGCUUACACAUAGCAUCUACUCAUGGUCACUAUCAAAUGGUUGAAGUUUUACUUGGACAAGGGGCUGAGAUUAACGCAACAGAUAAAAAUGGAUGGACACCUUUACACUGUGCAGCAAAAGCUGGACAUUUGAAUGUAGUUAAGUUGCUUUGCGAAUCAGGAGCAUCACCUAAAAGCGAAACAAAUUUGAAUUGUGCGCCAAUUUGGUUUGCGGCUUCUGAGAAUCACAAUGACGUCCUUGAAUACCUCUUGCAUAAAGAACACGAUACACAAUCACUUAUGGACGACAAAAGGUUCAUUUAUAAUCUGAUGGUGUGUUCGAAGAAUCAUAACAACAUACCAAUCGAAGAAUUUGUGCUAGUUUCACCAGCGCCAGUUGAUACAGCGGCUAAAUUAUCCAAUUUAUACAUUAAUUUAUCCACCAAGGAAAAGGAGCGUGCCAAGGAUCUUAUAGCAGCUGGAAAACAAUGUGAAGCGAUGGCUACAGAGUUGUUAGCUUUAGCAGCUGGAGCAGACUCGGCUGGACAUAUACUCACAGCUACUGACAAUAGAAAUAUAGAAUUUUUAGAUGUACUUAUAGAAAAUGAACAAAAGGAAGUCAUCGCCCAUACAGUCGUUCAGAGAUAUCUUCAGGAACUCUGGCGAGGGAGCCUCAAGUGGACUGGCAUCAAAAUUAUGUUCCUUUUUUUCGCGUUCAUAAUUUGCCCACCAGUUUGGGUGGUGUUUUCUCUUCCUUUAGGGCAUAAAUAUAACAAAAUUCCUAUAAUUAAGUUCAUGUCGUAUUUAACGUCGCAUAUUUAUCUAAUGAUAUUGUUAUCGCUAGUGGCUAUAACGCCUAUAUAUAAUUCUAUAUUUAGAGAAAGUUUAGUACCUAGAUGGUAUGAAUGGAUACUUCUUAUUUGUUUGAGUGGUCUUUUACUUUUUGAAUUAACAAAUCCUAGUGAUAAAUCAGGUUUAGGUUGGAUAAAAAUUGCAGUUUUAUUAUUAGGUAUGGUCGGAGUGGCCACUCACGUAGUUGGGUGGAUUUUUAUAUUACCUAAAUAUUGGCCAACUUUAAUGUAUUGUAGGAAUCAAUUUUUUGCCUUAUCAUUUUUAUUAGCAUGUGUUCAAAUAUUAGACUUCUUAUCCUUCCAUCACCUCUUCGGUCCCUGGGCAAUCAUUAUUGGUGACCUAAUGAAGGAUCUCGGAAGAUUUCUUGCAGUUUUAGCGAUAUUUGUAUUUGGAUUCUCGAUGCACAUUGUGGCAUUAAAUCAACCGUUUAGAAAUAUAUACAAACCGGAAGAUAACAAAUACGCUAGACAAGCAAGAAGAAGACUGUUUUCCGACGUGACUAUGAACCCGUUGUAUUCCUUCGAGCUCCUGUUCUUCGCGGUGUUCGGCCAAACGACCACGGAGCAGACGAGAGUGCACAGGAACGAUAGCAACACGCAGCCUGCGUGGACGAACUACUUGUUCAAAAUCGUGUUCGGCAUCUACAUGCUGGUGUCUGUAGUCGUACUGAUCAAUCUGCUCAUUGCCAUGAUGUCAGACACGUAUCAGAGGAUACAGGCGCAAUCGGACAUAGAAUGGAAAUACGGUCUUUCUAAGCUAAUCCGCAACAUGCACCGAACCAACACCGCGCCGUCGCCGUUAAAUCUUGUCACCACUUGGCUUAUGUGGCUUAUACAUCGGUGUAAGGAUCGGCUAAACAAGAAGAAAAGACCUAGUUUGGUACAUAUGAUCGGACUGCAGCGUCAAGAUCAGAUGAGUGCCAGAUCUAAAGCCGGCGCCAAGUGGCUAUCUAAAGUUAAAAGAGGACAAGUUGUUCCUAAAGAUUCAACACGUCUCUCAGUUGUCCACCUUAGUCCUCUAGGAUCACAAAUGAGCUUCAGCAACAUGACACGAAUAGAAAACGUAGUAGACUGGGAAAUAAUCGCCAAGAAGUAUCGAGCUCUGAUGAGGGACGAGCCAGAAGAGCCUGCAAGUAAAGAAAACGAAUCAGAUACUGUCGACGAUGAAUCAGAGAUAGUUCCAAACAAUAUCGCCGCGGCUCCACCUUGAGCGAAUUAUAAAUGUCUUCUUGGAGAUUCAAACUAUGGAAGUCAAAUAAAUGGAACAAGUCAGGUUGUAUAUCAAAGAUUUCGGAUUAGAAAAGAGGUGGAAAGUAUUCAAUUACUGCAAUCAGCGUUGAGCGAUAAUUUAAUAAUUUUUAAGGUUAAGUUAGCAUUUUAUACUUUGAGAAAUAUGUGUUCUUGAAAAUAUUUAUGAAAUAAAUGUAGUGCAGUAACAAUCCUUUUAAUGUUGCAAAAUAAGAAAGUUUGUAUGAUUGGGUGUUUAUGAUUUGGAUGUCGAUAUGUUUUGUAUUUGUAUUUAUAUGAUAUUUAUUUUAUCGUUUUAUGUCUGUUACUACUUAACGCAACAAUGAUUGAAUGAAUUUGUACAACAAACAUUUGUUUGGCAAACAGUCAUGUAAUUUCAGUAUCAUGUAAACAGAUACAUUCUUACGACGCUCAUGUUGUUCCAUAUUUGUACUAGUUUAGGUACAAGAUACUCCUUUCAGAGGGAGUUCAAAAACAGGAAGUAAGAUAUUUCUACAUAAUUAUUUAUUGCCUAUUUUUGAGAACUACUUUUCUACGAUUAUAUGUAUAUAUACCGUACAAUACUUUCGCGUAAUUUAAUUAUAUGUUCUCAUAAGUAACGAAUCUCUUACUUUUACUCUAUCUAUAUUUAUCUCACUCAAUCAAUCAAUAAAUAAAUGUAUUUAUUUAUUUAUUAAAUAUACUCUUAUCAUCGUACCGUAUUAUAUAUUAUUUAUAAAUAUGGUGCCUAUAACCUUCCUAGAAAACCCCUCUGGCUAAAUUCGUGCAACAUAAUUAUGCAGUGUGACUGAGUGAUGUUUCGAUUAUAGUUAUUGUGACAUCUGGAUUUGACAUAGAUUCUUGGAAAUUUUAGUUUUUAAAAACCUCAGAUUUUAAUAAAAUUGCUCACUAUUCAUGUUUAUUGUGUAAUUUUUAAUUGUUAUCGUAUUUUAGGCUGGUUAGGCAUUUCAAAACGAUCUAUCUAUCAAAUCAAAUUAAUAAAAAUAAUAAAUUAAUAUUUUACCUAUCUGUUGCUAAUUUCAUAAUAGGUUAAUAUUUACAUUUUUUUUUAAAUUUAAUGAUAAUGUACAAUGGCUUUUGCCUAGAAUAACGAGCCCAUAAUUCGGUUAAUCUUGUUUAAUUUAAGAGGUUCCAAAUCAUCAUGAGAUCAACUCCUUUGUAUGUCCGUUAUCAGCAAAACUAAACCUACUCUAGUCUUUGCCCAGACAUCCUAACGGAGAAUGACAAAAAUUUAAUAAAGGCAAAAGUUUGUGCGUAAUCAUGUAGCUUGUAACACUUCCACACAAAACUAGAGAGAUUUAGACGAAAUUUGACACAGAGAUAGAUUUUAAUCUGAGAUAUAGUAUAUGAUACUUUUUGUAACCCGGAAAACUAAAAAGUCCCCUUAGGAUAUUAUAAAUAUCUAAAUUCAUGCAGACGAAGUCGCUGGCAUAAGCUAGUUUUGUAUAAAAGCUUAUAAUAACAGCUUUUUAUUAAAUAAAUAUUUGUUGUAUUAUUAUUAUUUUGUAAUGUAGUGCAAGGUGAUUAUAUCUAACAGUUUUUUUGUGUUGUGUUUUAUUGUAUUGUUAAUCUCAGAAACUGCUGGACCAAUUUGGCCUUAGAAUGAAAAAAAAUUAAAAUCGGUCUAGUGCAAAUAAAACAUUUUUUUUUUAAUACUCAAUUUUAGACGAUUCCAUAGUUAGUUUUAAUGACUGGUAUUGGAAUUAGGAAAAUUGCAUGUGGAUUAAGCGUAUCAUAAAUCCAUUAUUCGGUACAAUCUGCACUAAAUCUCCGCCUUUAUGUUGUUGUAUGUUUAAAUAUUAAGAUGAAUGUUUUGUAAUUUGUAUGUGUGACUUUGGAGGACGUAUUGUGUACCUAUUAGUUUAAAAUAAGUUAUUUUAGAGUUGUAUAGUAAAUAGUAUCGAUAAAUGUAAUAUAAUAAAGAAGAAAAUCUAUGUCUAAUAGAACUACCACGUCAUGUAAAUUAAAUAUUAUACCUAGGUGACGUCACUGACUUAUAUUUAUAUAGAUACCGCAAGUCGUCUUUCCAAGCGUGCCCCAAAAAUUAGUGCCAAUCGUCAUUAUGCCGCGCUUGAUUAAAUUGCGUCCAAUUUUUGGUUUUUAAUCGAAGAAAAUAUCAAUCUUAUAUCUUUUUAUAAUAACAAUCAUUUAUCAUACCUGCAGGACGCAUGGCGAUAAAGACAAUUGUUAUAUUUAAUUUUUGAUAUGGCUAAAUAGUUUUCGGCAGCUUAAAAAUGACACGAUUGGAUUUCAUUUGAACGAAAAGCGGCGUCUAAAUAAACAUAAGUCCGUGAAUGAAAUUAAGUUUAAAACGAAAGUAGCAUAGUAGAAUCGAAUAUUUUUUCAAUAACAAUAUGUCAAUGUAAAGUGUUGUGUAUGCGAUAAUAAUUAGAAAUGAUUAAAAUGUGAAAAUAAUAAUUAAUUAGAAUCGAAUUGAACAUAUAAGUAAUAAUAAUAACUAAUGUCGAAAAAUAAAUGUGUAUUUAAUAAUUUGAUUCUAAUAAUAUUUUUGUAAAUAAAUGAUGUUGUUUUAUGUACUACUUAUCUACUGUUUCAAAUAAAACUCGUGCAUUUUGUGGA